ACGCCGGCGGAAGAGUGUAAAGGCGGCAAGGAGAUGCUCGUGCAAAAGGGCGCCUUCGAGGACAUCGACGUCGCCAUGAUGGUCCACCCGAUGCCUCAGGACACGCUGAGACUCGCCCUCACCGCGUCGCAACAGAUAAGCGUGAGCUACCACGGCAAAGCCACCCAUGCUGCCGCGUGUCCCUGGGAAGGAGCGAAUGCACUCGACGCAGCUGUGGCCUCGUACGUUAACAUAGCGCUGCUUCGACAACAGACGAAGCCUUCCUGCCGAAUACACGGUAUCAUCACUGAGUCGGGAAGCUAUUGCAACAUCAUCCCAGACACAAGUAAGCUGAUGUACCAAAUCCGGGGGAAUACGAUCGACGAACUUCACGAGCUGGUCUCCCGAGCCGAGGACUGUUUCGAGGCAGCGGCGAAAGCAACAAACUGCACCAUGACGAUGACGAAACAUGUCACGUACAAGGAUCUCAUCUGCAACGUGAACCUGUUGGAAGUCUACAGAAAGCAUGGCCAGAACCUUGGCGUCAAAUUCACGGACGCCGACCUUUCCUGCGCGGAGUUCUGCGGAGCCUCCACGGACGCCGGUAACGUCUCGCACGAGCUGCCCAUCAUUCAUCCCAUGUUCGCCAUCCGCACCGAAGGCUCGAACCACACGGCCGCGUUCGCCCAGGGGGCCAACUCUCCAGAAGCCCAACCACCGACACUGCGGGUGGCCAAGAUUAUGGCACUCACAGCGCUGGACCUGUUUACCGACCCUACCCUGAUCUCCCAAAUCAAGAGGGAGUUCUCCGAGUGGAAGAACCGACGGAAUUGCCAGAAACCAGCUGCUUAGGCGCCCCCAUUCUACCACUGCGACUGUGGAGACUUAAUGGUACAAGACAACACCACUUGACAGAUCCAGAAGGUCUGUGUGCACAGACCAUCUACAGGAAUGCUCAGGCGAUGACAUACAUCGGGGAAUGGAUCCGGCCUCUGGAGCAUCGCAUCUUAGGUUUCUAUAGCAAGCCGCACUUAUCCGCCCUUCAACAGCUUAGCCUCGAGUUUUCCUUUUUAAUAAAUUGUGUUGAGUCGAA